CCACAGCCAAAGCCCCAGCCAAGAGAAUACCAGUAUGUGACCCACAGUCGUGGGUCCGUGGGCUCGUGGGUCCGUGGGUUCGUGGUUCUAACAUUGCGUGCACUUGGGUGGAGCCGCAAGAGCGGCCAUAUUGAGGGGGCACUGGGACAGGCAGGACGUGUUGCAUAUUUCUGGGCGUGUUUGGCUGCUAGACAAAAAUGUCGUUCGUAGCGAAAUUCCCAGCAUUCCAAUGCUGUGUUAAGGACAGACAUUGAACAUUGAAACACAAGCAUUUGUCUGGCACUGCCCUCGAAGUAAUGUUAUGUCCCCGCCACCCUCCGUCGCCGUGCAGCCAACGGCAAUUGCACAUAAGUUGCAACAAGCUGUGUAAGAAGCAACAAAAAGCAAAAACAAAAACAAAAACAACAAAUAACAUUGUAAGCGAGGCGAAAGGCGUUGCCAGAUUGUUGGCUAACAACGUAACAACAACUACACCAACAACUACACCAACAAAUGCGUGGCAACAACUACAAACACAGGACCACAAACAACAAUAGCCCAAAGGGCCAAAUGAACGUUGGCUAGGUCCGUCCGUCUGUGCGUGGCAGGCAGUGUGGCAGUUGUGUCGACGCGCUAGGCUACUACCAGAGCGGCAUGCCCCAGUGUCUGGGCCCCAGAGCUGCACAGCAAAAGCAACAGUAACUACCGUGGAAGAAGAAGCAGCUACUUUGUGCUGGCUCAAAAUCCUGUCGCUAAUUAGCUGGCACUUGUGUGGAGCGUCAGAAGAUUCCAUUGAACUGGCUGCGGAGUUAAAUUUGUUGUCAUAACAUGGGCUGCGUCUUUGAAGCAGCCAAAGAGCAGCCCAACAACAAAAAACCACUAACUAGAGCAGCCAGCAAGCAACUAAGAAGGAAUCAAUGCGGUGCCAGAGGAGCCACAGCGACAACAACACGACCAGGCAGGGCGUCCUCCACAGUCAGAGUCGUGGAGGGUGGAGAGACGGGCGGAGCAACGACAACGGCAACGCCAACGACAACGCCAACGACCACAUUGCGACCAGCUGAGGACAUCAAAAUCAAGGAUAACUAUCAACAAAAUCAUAAAACGAAAACGCAAACGCAAACGCAGACGCAAACCGAAACAACAACAGAAAUUGUCGUCGAAACGCAAACAGAAACAGCAAACGCCAAACAUCUAAAAGCGGGAACUCGAGUGCUUUUAACGAUACAACAGCAACAACAGCAGCAGCCCCAGAAGAACAACAAGAACCCCAGUCAAGUGGCGCACAAGGACAAAGAAGAGGACGACGAGGACGACGACGGCGAGAACGACGAGUUGGCGACGACACACGGGACGACCAUUGUCGUCGAUAGAGCAGCAGCAGCAGCAGCAGCGGCAGCAGCAGCGGCGGCAGCGGCAGCAGGAAUCGAUAUUGAGGCAACAACGAAGCAAAACCAAACACUCUGCCCCAAUUGCUUAGGCCACAGCCCAGAGAUAAGCAGAGAACGAGAUCGCGAUCGCGAUGAGCAGCAGCUGCAUCGUCAAAAUCGUCGCCGGAGACGGCUACAUCCGGAUGCGGAUGCGACGGCAGUUUGGGGCCGGAUUCGGCCAGGCCUUGGCUCCACCGCAGUGGUUGCUGCCACGCUGGCUGGCAUUUCAACGCUCUCCCUGCACGAGAUGCUGCUGCAUGCGAGAGCUGCCCUAGCGACCUCGCUGCAGUGGCAGGUGGAGCAGGGGCAUGACGACCACGAGCUGCAGGAGCAGGAGCUGGAAGGGGAGGAUCCACGCAAGCAACCACUAGCCUACCAGCCGUGGCGCGACACAUAUGCAUCCUCCGGCAUUCUGCCCGCCACAAUGUCAGCCGCAAUCAUAGCCAAUGUCAGUGCAACGGCCGCCGCCACAUCGGCGGCCGCCUACCAGUAUCUGGGGCAGCACUACAAGCACUAUAGCCAAUCGUUCAGCUUCUAUGCCGCCUCCAGUGUCAUCCUGAUGCUCUGCUAUCUGACCAGCACAUCCACGGCCGCUGCCACACAGUCGGAGACGGGUGCCCUCGACAAGCAUCCCAUUCAUGGCAUCGAUUGGUCGAAAUUCGACGAGUCCAGUUCGGAUAAGGAGAUAUUAGAUUUACUGCUUGAGAAGAAGCGCUACGACAAACGAUUACUGCCGCCUGUAAAUGAUGAAGACUUUUGCUGUGGUUUACAAUCGCCCGAUAUGGCAACAAAUCAAAAUCCACGGAGACCCCACAAUCGCGGCACCCUGACGGUCAACGUGAAUGUGCUGCUCCUGAGCUUAGCAUCACCCGAUGAAAGCAGCUUGAAAUAUGAGGUGGAAUUCCUAUUGAACCAGCAGUGGAACGAUCCACGACUGCAAUAUGGCAAUAAGUCUCAUUAUGACUUCUUAAAUGCUCUGCAUCAUCAUGAUAGCAUCUGGACGCCGGAUACGUAUUUCAUUAUGCAUGGCGAUUUCAAGGAUCCCAUCAUACCAAUGCAUUUCGCUUUAAGAAUAUUUCGGAACGGGACCAUUACGUACGCAAUGAGACGACAUCUGAUUUUAUCCUGUCAGGGCAGCCUACACAUAUUUCCAUUCGAUGAUCCCAAGUGCUCCUUCUCCAUGGAAAGCAUUUCUUACGAGGAAUCACAGAUCAAGUAUGUUUGGAAAAACGAUGAGGAUACUCUGCGGAAAAGUCCAUCGCUGACCACAUUGAAUGCGUACUUGAUUAAGAAUCAAACAACACCCUGCGAUCAGAACAGCUGGAGAGGUAAUUACAGUUGCCUACAGGUCGAGUUGACAUUUACCCGUGAUCGUGCGUAUUAUUUCACAACCGUUUUCAUACCUGGCAUUAUAUUGGUCACCUCGUCGUUUAUCACAUUUUGGCUGGAAUGGAAUGCAGUCCCAGCCCGGGUUAUGAUCGGCGUGACAACCAUGUUGAAUUUCUUCACUACCUCCAACGGUUUCCGGAGCACUCUGCCGGUCGUCUCCAAUCUAACGGCGAUGAACGUCUGGGACGGGGUCUGCAUGUGCUUCAUCUACGCCUCCUUGCUGGAGUUCGUGUGCGUCAAUUAUGUGGGCCGCAAGCGGCCGCUGCACAACGUCGUCUAUCGGCCGGGCGAGAAUCCCGUAACACAGCGUCUUCCAGCAGUACUAAGCAGGAUCGGAGUAAUUCUUGCAAGUCCUUUGGAUAUAAUCGAUCGAGAAUUUCAUGCUGCUUUGUCCUCCGAAAAGGCCAGCGCCGCAGCCACACCGGGCAUGUCGAUGGCGGGCACCCCGGCUGCCGGCUCCUCGUCGGCGGCCACGCCCGGCACGCCGCGCACUGUGGAGGCUGUGGAGGAGUUCUUCGGCGGCGGCAUGCGCUGGCAGGAGGCGCAUGGCGGCAUCAUUGGGGCGGCAGUGCAAAACAUACGUGCUCGAUCCAUCAAGCGGAAGGCGGCUAGGAGUCCAUCCACAUCCACGUCGCCAACGGCCGCCACUGGUGGGGGUGGAGUGACCAUCGAGCACAUCUAUGAGGAGCCUGGUGGAGCCAGUGGCACAGCUGGCUCUACUAAGGUCAAGUUCAAGGAUGAGCAGCAGGAGGAUCAGAAGGAGGAGCAGGAGAGCACCACGUCCUCGCUGCGUCGGUCGGUGGCCACCAGCACCCCGGCUCUGGUGGUGCGCAUCGAGGCGGAGACUGAGGCGGAGCAGCAGCAGCAGGGGCAGGGGCAGGAGCAGGACAUGGAAAUGUUGCAGUUGCCGCAGAAGCCACCACGAAAGAAGCCAUCCCGCUCCAGUUCCCCAGCCUCGGUUUAUGGCGAGUGCGGUGGCAUGAUGGAAACUCCCGGCGAGAAGAGGCGAGAUGCUGGCGCUCCGAAUGAGAUUGUGGCCUGCACCACCUGCGGCGGCAGCAACAGUCCGUGCACCCAUUCUGCAAACAAUGGAUGUGCCACAGAGACAUGCUUCGUCCAGGUGCGCAAAAAGGAGCCACCGCAUCCGAUACGAGUGGCCAAGACAAUCGAUGUCAUCGCUAGAAUUACAUUUCCAACUGCUUAUGCCAUUUUCCUGGUAUUCUUCUUUGUACACUACAAAGGAUUCUCGUAAAAUUAAGCAAAGCAAAAUAAGCUGCCUAAUGAUAAUGCAUACAGCAUACACUAAAAAGUACGAGUACGAGUACAUACAUAGAUAUGCUGGAACACGACACGCUAAAUUGCAGAGCUACGGGAAUACAUAGGUCCGGAGACGUAAUCGUUAUUCGUUCGUGCCACGAGUACGUUUGGGAGUUCAGGAGUAAUCGUUUACUAAGUUCUAGGGCCUUGCAAAGUCAUUUAAUUUUAAUAUGUAUAACAAAAAGUGAAACACAAAGUACAUCUAAUUACCAAUUAAUUAUUCUUUAAAUGGCAACAAAGCAACAGAGCAACAGCAACAGCAACACAUGACAAAACCAAGUGAUAAAUACGUCAAAAUGAGGAGAAUUAGUUUAAACUGAGUUGUUAGUGGGGGAAAAACGAAAACGAAAAUGAAUAGGAAAAGAAAGAAAAAAAGGGAAACAAAGUUGAAUGAAUAAGUUGUUGAUAAUUAAAUUAAAUAUAUAAUAAACGAAAGAGAGUUACAUUUACGCAAAGCAAAUGAGCAAAACAUACGAAAGAAACAAUUUCGACUGCCUGUUUUUUUUUCUAAAUAGUAGAAACAAAAAUUAAAUAAAAAACACAA